AUGAGUGCCCCUCUCCAUGUCGAAGUAAUACAGAAACGUCAAAGCCGGGCUAGUAAAGAAUAUAUCAAAGAGAUUGUUCAUUCUUAUUUAACUAAUUUUGUGUCUUUGACUCCAGGAGCUUCAAUAGGUAGUCAUGAAUUUGAAGAUAAUGUAGAGCUUAAGGAAAACGUACAGUGUAUAACUUUCUGUGAUGUAGAACACGAAUCAGAAGUGGCCAUGACGGAGUGUGAGCUCUUGUAUCAUAUAUAUACGUUGGAUAACUAUGGAGCAGAAACGGACACGAUGACUGACGCCGCAUCGGGAGAAGAACUAGCAGCCGCCGAUGUGUGGGCGCUGCCUACGGAAGAGUUUCAUGGUCUGUGGGAAAGUCUCGUGUACGACUCCAAGCUCAAAGAAGACACACUGCGGUUUGUAGAAACUGCAUUCGAAUUUGCAGAUCGCGGUGUAGACCCUAAUGUGAUAGCCUGGAAUCGCGUCGUGCUGCUUCACGGACCUCCGGGGACGGGCAAGACCAGCUUAUGUCGAGCUCUAGCUCAGAAACUAGCCAUCCGUCUGGGAGACCGUUUCCCGCGAGCCCGCCUCCUCGAAAUAAACGCUCACGGGCUGUUCAGCAAAUGGUUUUCCGAAAGCGGCAAACUCGUCGCUAAACUCUUCGAUCGGAUCCGUGAAAUAGUUGAAGAUCGUCGGCUCCUCGCGUGCAUCCUCGUCGACGAGGUGGAGUCCCUGGCGCACGCUCGACGCGCCGCCCUCGCGGGCCUGGAGCCCUCGGACUCCAUCCGGGCCGUGAACGCCAUCCUCACGCAGCUCGACCGACUCAAGAGACACCCCAACGCGCUGGUGCUCACCACCUCCAACGUGACCGGCGCCAUCGACGUGGCCUUCGUCGACCGAGCAGACAUCAAGCGGCGCGUGGGCCCGCCCUCGGAGCGAGCUGCCUACGAGAUCCUGCGCGGCUGCUGCGCCGAGCUCAUGGCGCGCGGGGUGGUCGCGCCUCGCGAGCAGCUGUUCGCGCUGCGGGUGUUGGAGGCGGCUCGGUUCGCGGACACGGAAGGGUCGCGGGCCUCGCUGGCGCUGUGGGCGGCGGCGCGGGCCUCGGCCGCAGCGGGCAGCUCGGGCCGCGCCCUGCGCCGCCUGCCCUUCCUGGCGCGCGCGCUGCACACUAGAGGCGAGCCCUCACUGGCCGAGUUCAUCGACGCCCUGCUGGCCGCACUGCAGCAGCAGCUCACUGACACCAGGGCUCUCCAAGAAGACGCUCGUGGGCCGUCCUAG